AUGGAAGACAACUACAGUCCCUUCACUGGCUACCAGACGCUGCGGCGACAACAAGGAAGCUACAGCAACAAUGACAGUGCUACGGGUCGGGGUGGCAGAAGGUCUGACCUCGAUGCUCCAGCAGCAAAGAUGAAGCCUGUCGAUUGGGCAAACGUAAAGCUUAUGCCAAGCAACUGGAAGGUAAUUGAUGCAAAAGCCAUUCACCGCGCCUCUAAUGCAAAGACGGCAGUUGUUCCAGUCAAAGAACUUACUGAAGACGAGUCCAAGGAGUGGCGUGAAACGCACACGAUCUCUGUGUUUGGAGAAGGAUGCCCGCCGCCGGUGACCACCUUUGAUCAGCUCUCUUCGUUGGUGCCGGCGUAUCUGCAAAAAAAACUUACUGCGCAAGGAUUUGCAUCCCCAACAGCGGUGCAAGCACAGGCAUGGCCCAUUUUGUUGCGUGGUCGCGAUAUGGUGGGGGUGGCAAAAACAGGUUCUGGUAAAACGCUCGCCUUUAUGAUUCCUGCACUCGCGCAUAUUGCGAUCCAGGAGCCCUUACGCGUUGGUGAUGGACCGAUUGUGGUCGUUCUUGCCCCUACUCGCGAGCUCGCCCAGCAAAUUGAGGAGGAAACAAAAAAGGUUCUUCCUCACGAUGUGCGGUGUGGCUGCGUCUACGGCGGGUCUCCCAAGGGACCACAGCUGGGGAUCUUGCGACAGGGCGUGCACGUUCUUGUCGCAACACCGGGGCGACUCAUUGAUUUCUUACAGAUUAAGCGGGUGAAUCUGUUUCGUGUGACGUAUCUUGUGCUGGACGAAGCCGAUCGCAUGUUGGAUAUGGGGUUUGAGCCGCAGGUUCGCGCUGUGUGUGGGCAAAUGCGUCCCGAUCGUCAGACGCUGAUGUUUUCAGCGACGUGGCCGAAGGAAAUUCAGCGAUUGGCGGCAGAGUUUCAAAAGGAUUGGAUUCGCAUCAACGUAGGGAGUACCGAGCUCUUGGCUAACAAGGAUGUGACGCAGCACUUUAUCCUUACCCAAGAGUACGCCAAGACGGAUGAGCUGAAAAAACUCAUGGCGGAUCAUCGCAACCAACGUGUGUUGGUCUUCUGCAAGACAAAGCGGACAGCCGACGAUCUUGAGUGGCAGCUGAAGCGGUGGGGCUAUGAUGCCAUGGCCAUCCACGGCGACAAGGAGCAGCGACAGCGUGAGUUUGUUUUGGAGCGCUUUAAGAAGGAUCCAAGACUUUGCGUCGUGGCAACCGAUGUUGCCGCACGUGGACUCGAUAUUAAGCAGCUGGAGACCGUCAUCAACUAUGACUUUCCAAUGCAGAUUGACGAUUACGUGCAUCGCAUUGGGCGCACGGGGCGCGCUGGGGCAAAGGGAGAGGCGAUUACACUCAUCACAAAGAGGGAACAACAGAUAACACAGGCGGUAGUCACGGAACUGAUUGCGAUUGUCGAACGGGCGCAGCAGCAGGUUCCUGACUGGCUCCGUGAAUGGGGUGAGCAACAGCCGCGCUAUCAGGUGAUGAAGCGCAACCGCAACAUGAUGGGAUUUGGCAGCAGUCGACACGCACCUAUUCUGUAUAACGGUAACCGGUCCUCAUUUGACGCCGCGGGCCAUGCUCACCACAAUAGCAGCGCUAAGCAACAAGCGGAGGGCGGUGUUUUUGGUCUUACACGCCAUAGCGGCAACGGCAUCGUUCCCUUCUCAUCCUCCAAGAUUGAGUACAAGCGCUUCGACGACAGCAGCGAUGACGAUGCCGCCCAGCCGGCGAAGAGGCGGUUAAAGUAA